CAGCUCUAGCAAAAUACAGAGCAAGUUCCCUGUGUCUCUGUGUGCACUUUCAGCUCCUGUCUCUGCCUGUCAGGUGGUCUCAGACCACAUUAGCCCUCUCUGCCCUGUCUCACCCUGAAAUGACAUCUCCCAGAUGACUUAUCAUCAAUCAGACUGUUUGCAGUUCCCAGGGAGUACCUCGUUGAUUAAAUCUCGAUGAGAGAUCCCUUCUGCAUCUAUUAUUCCAGGGGAUUCACCAAGACACAGCCUGGAAUGUGAUCAGGAGAAACCUGCAAGUAACCUGGGACAAUCCAGAGACUGGGCUGUGGAGCAAGGACCAACCAGGACCUCUUUACACAGUGAGUCCUCACUCUCUUAAAAUCAUUCUGCAAUAUCAACACCUAUUCUUCACUUAGCUGGGGGCUAGGUGACCAUGUCUGAGUUAUUUAUUGCUGCAGGGAUAUAUGAACUGUGAGAUCCUGUUAGAAUAUAUAACUGGUGGGAAUGUCCUGUCCUAAUGCAACCAUCUAUGAUCAGCUAGAAGAAAGUCCAGUACGUGUUUGAAAUAGAACUGUAAGACAGAGAAAUCGUAUUUUAAUCCUCUGGAAUCUCCUAAAAAUUAAACAUUGGGACAAAAAAACCAAAAAUGAUUGAUGGUUCAGGAUUUGAGGAUUUAAAUGAAUCCGAAUACAGUGAGGACUCAGAGGUGGAGAUAGCGGUGAAUGUCGGUGGGAUAAGGCAGAUCCUGUAUGGGGACAUCUUGAACAGAUACCCUGAAACUCGACUGGCCGAGCUGAUGAAUUGCAUGGCUGGGGGCUAUGAUGCCAUCUUCUCCCUGUGUGAUGACUACGACCCUGGGAAGAGGGAAUUCUACUUUGACAGGGAUCCUGAUGCCUUCAAGUGUAUCAUAGAGGUUUAUUACUAUGGAGAGGUCCACAUGAAGAAGGGUAUCUGCCCCAUAUGUUUCAAGAAUGAAAUGGAAUUCUGGAAAGUGGACUUGAGUUUUCUGGACGAAUGUUGCAAAAGCCACCUGAGUGAGAAGAAAGAGGAACUGGAAGAAAUAGCCAGAAGGGUCCAAACUAUAUUAGAUGACCUAGGCGUGGAUCAAACAGAGAGCCGGUGGAAGAGGUUUAUGAAAUAUGUGUGGAAAUUUAUGGAGAAACCAGAAUCCUCUUACCCAGCUAGGGUAACAGCCGUGUUAUCGUUUCUGUUCAUCCUGAUCUCCUCGGUAGUCAUGUGUGUGGGGACCAUACCUGAGCUUCAGGUUUCAGAUGCUGAGGGCAAUCCUGUAGAGCAUCCCACCCUGGACAGCAUCGAGACUGCCUGUAUAGGGUGGUUCACCUUAGAGUAUAUCCUAAGGCUCAUCUCAUCCCCUAACAAGUUCCACUUUGCCAUCUCAUUCAUGAACAUCAUAGAUGUCCUGGCUAUCCUACCUUUCUAUGUUAGCCUAAGCUUGACUCAUUUAGGUGCAAGGAUGAUGGAGCUCACCAAUGUCCAGCAAGCUGUCCAAGCUCUCCGGAUCAUGAGGAUUGCAAGGAUCUUUAAGUUAGCCAGACAUUCGUCUGGUCUCCAGACCUUAACCUAUGCCCUUAAGAGCAGUUUCAAGGAGCUGGGUCUACUUUUGAUGUACCUUGCUGUGGGUAUCUUUGUGUUCUCUGCCCUGGGGUACACAAUGGAACAGAGCCACCCUGACACUUUGUUUAAAAGUAUCCCUCAGUCAUUUUGGUGGGCUAUCAUCACCAUGACUACUGUUGGCUACGGUGAUAUCUACCCUAAGACAACAUUGGGGAAGCUGAAUGCAGCCACCAGCUUCCUGUGUGGUGUGAUUGCCAUUGCCCUCCCAAUUCACCCCAUCAUCAACAACUUUGUCAAGUACUACAACAAGCAGAGGGUUUUAGAAACAGCCACCAAACACGAACUAGAACUGAUGGAACUUCACUCUGGUAGUGGAGAAGGUGACCUUGGAAGGUCCACGUUGAACUCUGGAAGUUCUUUACAGGUAAUGGAAGGGAAAGGACUAUCUGCCUGGAGGUACACCAAACUAUCACAUAGUGAUACCUUUAUCCCAGCUCUGUUUAAUGAACAAAACCACAGAACAAGGCUACAGAGCUGCAAAUAAUAGACACUGCUGGAACAGGCUCACAUCUACACUAGUUUCCAACAGACUGUAUGCUGAGCGUUUGAAAAGAGGUCCUACUUCAAAGGAUGGACCAAGGUGGCAGCUGUGUCUGAGCUUCUACUUUAUAAUUACAAUUCUGUCUCGAUACAAUCUAUAUAGUACUUAGUUACUGCUCCAGAGGGAAACAAAACACUGAAAAUAUCUGAAGCUACAUCUACCUAGACAUGUGUCAAUCAUGUUAUAUAGCUGUCUAUCUGUGACAGAAGGACACAGUGACAAAAUGUGUCUUGAAAACGUUUUGGUUUUUUAAACUAUUUCCUACUAAUCAGUCCUGGUGCUGUCUUUAUAAGAAUGCACACACUGAUUUGUUCCCAUUCUCAAAGAGGAAUUAUCCUAUGGAAUAAUGCUGUAACAUUUCACUGAUAUUUGUUAUAUUUACUGCUUGUUAUGGUGGCUGUGAUGUUGUAGUGUCGCUGUCAUGCUGCAUUGCUGUAUUUUAACUGAUCAGUGUCUCUGCUUGCGUUUGAAAUAUAUUUAAUUUGUUUACAAUGUGAGUUAUUCAGUAUAUGUCAAUAGAGCAUCAAGCUAUACACUCUGUAGAACAUUUUAAACACAGAGAUAUAGAAGUCUUUGAUGUUAGAGGUGGCUCCAAAGUCCAAAACAGUGUGGGUCUGAAACUUCCACAAUGUAUAUUUUUCUUCCAAAAAAUGUAUAUGUGACAUUUCUAUGUGCAUAAGGAGGCAUAUCUCAUUGCACAUACCCACUAAUGCAGUAAAUAUGAAUCCAUUGUUCCCAGUAGUAUUAAUAUUGUAUUUUAUUUAAAAUAGAUCUACAUACAGAUGACCCCCCCAGUUACAUCUCACUAGCAUGUUAAAUCCCUAGUAAUUAUGUAAAUAGUUUACAAUGCUCCAUUAAGUUAGUGUGUGUGUGUGUGUGUGUGUGUGUGUGUAUAUAUAUAUUUAUAUUUUUUUAUUAUUUUUUUUGUUUUUUGUGGAAAAUCUGUAUCAAUCUGGAUCUCAACUGGAAAUUAGGAGUCAAGACUUAAAGCUUUACACAUGAUACAUUUCUUAUGUCUUCAUCUUCCUCUUGUUUCAGUUACUUUACAUUUUCACUGCCAUGGUGCCAUAGCCUGGGUCUUCAUUUACUAAGCAGGGACUGGUCAUGAAUUGACAAAACUUGCAAAACUGUUUUUUGGAAUGUAAAAAUAUUAACAUUGUUAAAAUCAUUAAAGAUCAAACUAUCCUAAAUUCUAGAGGGUCUGAGCACUUCUAGAUUGGCAUGCAAAUAGAAAAGACAUAGUCUUACAACAAGCCAUCUAAAUGAAAGAUCAUAGUUACCUGUCAUGUUGCCAUGGCAAUAGAAUCAGUUCAUAAAUAAGGGUACCAUUAAGCCAGAACAGAAAGGUGUAUAAUUUUCACAACAUGUGAGCAUAAAAUGACAGGGUUUAAGAUAUUUAUUUUUUAAAAUGUUGUUUUUAUAAUCAUACAUUCAUUUAAUCUGGUCAUUGAAUGUUUGUAUUACCAGUUGCAUAAAUUGCUCCAGCAAAAUAAAUCAAUAAUUACAAGAACAAAUUCAUAUACAUCAGACAUGUUGUUCAAUUUUAAUAGCAUGUUUUGCCAAAUGCAACAAAAAUUGUCAUUUGUUGCAAAGGAUGGAGUUCUAUGCAGUCUGCCCAGUUCUGAUGAAGGGGGUCCAGCCUUGAUCCUUCAAUUCGUUAAACUAGAUUUCCUAUAAGUUUCUGCUAGCCGUGUGUUAGACAUAUCUACUCUUACAGGUUUAUUAAUUAAACUGAGAAUUUCAACAAAAUCCCACUAGUUUCAGAUUUAAGGCCGGAGUAGCUGAACCAAAAGCAUAGAUGACUUGGAGAAUGUUUUGUUAUUUUGACAGUAAAUUUUCAUUGAAUUCUCACUUUAGUAAAUAACCCUGUAUAUGUUUUAUUUUAAUUACCUUUCAAGUAUUAUUUUUAUUAUUUCAUUUAUAUAGCGCCAGCAAAAUUCUAUAGCGCUGUA